CAUCCAUUCAACCCCCCCAACUCUGAGGCCAACUCUCCGUCUCGAUAUGAGGCCAACUCUGAGGCCAACUCUCCGUCUCGAUAUGAGGCCAACUCUGAGGCCAACUCUCCGUCUCGAUAUGAGGCCAACUCUGAGGCCAACUCUCCGUCUCGAUAUGAGGCCAACUCUCCGUCUCGAUAUGAGGCCAACUCUGAGGCCAACUCUCCAUCUCGAUAUGAGGCCAACUCUGAGGCCAACUCUCCGUCUCGAUAUGAGGCCAACUCUCCGUCUCGAUAUGAGGCCAACUCUCCGUCUCGAUAUGAGGCCAACUCUCCAUCUCGAUAUGAGGCCAACUCUGAGGCCAACUCUCCGUCUCGAUAUGAGGCCAACUCUCCAUCUCGAUAUGAGGCCAACUCUGAGGCCAACUCUCCAUCUCGAUAUGAGGCCAACUCUCCUUCUCGAUAUGAGGCCAACUCUCCAUCUCGAUAUGAGGCCAACUCUGAGGCCAACUCUCCGUCUCGAUAUGAGGCCAACUCUCCGUCUCGAUAUGAGGCCAACUCUCCAUCUCGAUAUGAGGCCAACUCUGAGGCCAACUCUCCGUCUCGAUAUGAGGCCAACUCUCCGCCUCGAUAUGAGGCCAACUCUCCGUCUCGAUAUGAGGCCAAUUCUCCAUCUCGAUAUGAGGCCAACUCUCCGCCUCGAUAUGAGGCCAACUCUCCAUCUCGAUAUGAGGCCAACUCUCCGCCUCGAUAUGAGGCCAACUCUCCGUCUCGAUAUGAGGCCAACUCUCCAUCUCGAUAUGAGGCCAACUCUCCGUCUCGAUAUGAGGCCAACUCUCCAUCUCGAUAUGAGGCCAACUCUCCAUCUCGAUAUGAGGCCAACUCUCCGCCUCGAUAUGAGGCCAACUCUCCGUCUCGAUAUGAGGCCAACUCUCCAUCUCGAUAUGAGGCCAACUCUCCGCCUCGAUAUGAGGCCAACUCUCCAUCUCGAUAUGAGGCCAACUCUCCGCCUCGAUAUGAGGCCAACUCUCCGUCUCGAUAUGAGGCCAACUCUCCAUCUCGAUAUGAGGCCAACUCUCCGCCUCGAUAUGAGGCCAACUCUCCAUCUCGAUAUGAGGCCAAUUCUCCAUCUCGAUAUGAGGCCAACUCUGAGGCCAACUCUGAGGCCAACUCUCCGUCUCGAUAUGAGGCCAACUCUCCGCCUCGAUAUGAGGCCAACUCUCCGUCUCGAUAUGAGGCCAACUCUCCAUCUCGAUAUGAGGCCAACUCUCCAUCUCGAUAUGAGGCCAACUCUGAGGCCAACUCUCCAUCUCGAUAUGAGGCCAACUCUCCAUCUCGAUAUGAGGCCAACUCUCCAUCUCGAUAUGAGGCCAACUCUCCAUCUCGAUAUGAGGCCAACUCUCCAUCUCGAUAUGAGGCCAACUCUCCAUCUCGAUAUGAGGCCAACUCUCCAUCUCGAUAUGAGGCCAACUCUCCAUCUCGAUAUGAGGCCAACUCUCCGUCUCGAUAUGAGGCCAACUCUCCAUCUCGAUAUGAGGCCAACUCUCCAUCUCGAUAUGAGGCCAACUCUCCGUCUCGAUAUGAGGCCAACUCUCCUUCUCGAUAUGAGGCCAACUCUCCAUCUCGAUAUGAGGCCAACUCUGAGGCCAACUCUCCAUCUCGAUAUGAGGCCAACUCUCCGUCUCGAUAUGAGGCCAACUCUCCUUCUCGAUAUGAGGCCAACUCUCCAUCUCGAUAUGAGGCCAACUCUGAGACCAACUCUCCAUCUCGAUAUGAGGCCAACUCUCCGUCUCGAUAUGAGGCCAACUCUCCAUCUCGAUAUGAGGCCAACUCUCCAUCUCAAUAUGAGGCCAACUCUCCAUCUCAAUAUGAGGCCAACUCUCCGUCUCGAUAUGAGACCAACUCUCCGUCUCAAUCUCCACACACACGAUAA